UUCAACAGUAAAUACACAAUCACAUUUCCUACAAAUUAACAAAAAGGAGCGAGAUUGGAUCAAAUGGCCCAAAAAUGAGUCGCGAUUGUGAUCCCAUGAAGUGGUUCCACGGCAACCUGUCUCGCGAGGCAGCCGAUGAUCUUCUCAAGCAAGGUUACGAGGACGGGACAUUUCUGGUGCGCGAAAGUAGCACAGCGACCGGCGACUUUGUGCUGAGCCUGCUUUGUCAGGAAGAGGUAUGCCACUACCAGGUGCGGAGGCAUGGUGGAGAGGAUGCCUUCUUCUCCAUCGACGACAAGGUGCAGACAAAGAUCCUUCAUGGCCUAGACACUCUAGUGGACUACUACCAGCAGGCGGCCAAUGGGUUGCCCACCAAGCUGACAGUGCCCCUAAUCAGAGAUCCACCACCGCACAACACACGCAGUCACGGAGUGACCAAUCUUCUGCAUCGCGCCACUAGCAAAAAUGAGAGUAAGGUGGUCUUUGAACUGCUCAAAUGCGGCUACCGGAACUUUGAUGCCAAGAACCAGGAUGGACAGACGGCCCUUCAUCUGGCAGCUCUGUACUCCGACGAGGAUAUCCUGAAGCACCUGUUGAAUGCAAAGGUUCAAGUCAACAGCUCUGACUCUUUCGGUUAUCAGCCCUUACACUAUGCUGCUCGUUCCAAACCGGCCAGUUUUUUACGUACCCUAAUCGCUGCACAGGCUAAUGUGCAGGGCAGGAAUAUAGACAACGGCUAUGUACCGCUGCACGAGGCCGCCAAAUACGGCAACCUAGAGGCUGUGCAAGAACUGCUCUCGGCUGAAGCUCCGCCGCUGCCCAGGACCAGUUCAGGUGAAUUUCCCUUUGAUUUGGCAAAAGAAGCGGGCCAGACUGCUGUGGAAGAGUUUCUGCUGAACUAUAAGCUCGCACCGGCAAAUAUCAAUAGAGAGCAGUGGUACCACGGUACUCUCACCCGAGAAGAGGCCGUUGCCAUACUUAAGAAGCAUGCCAGGGAGUUAUUGGAAAAACAGCCGGAGCUAAAUACAUCUGGUUGCUUUCUGGUCCGCUACUCCGAGUCGCCUGCGGCAUCUGGAUUAGUUCUCACUUUGCUUAGCGAUCAAGUGGUGAAGAAUUUUCGUAUUUCGCAAGCUGAUCUCUAUCAGAAUGGUGUCAAGUUGCAAUCCGGCGGGUCCAAAUUUCUGUAUAUUGAUGACGGUCCCUACUGGCCAAGCUUAGAGCAUCUGAUAGCUCACUUCAUGCGCUUCUCCUAUGGAUUGCCGGUGAGCCUCAAGUUCGCAGUGCCACCACAGCCCAAACCGGAGGUGCCCUCUUUUGCCACUAUACCUCGAUCAUCGGUGAAGCCAAAAGCCACUUCGGCAGGAUCGCCGCCCACUCCCGUGUCUCCACAUUCACAUCAACACCAACAUGUGCCCGCCCUGACUAUAGCUAAGAAAAAACAAAAGGAGAACAGCAGCUCUAUGUUCAAUACGCUACGUUUAACGAGUCCCAAAAAAUCCUUGUUUGACAUGAAUAGCUUGCGCAAGAGCAAGACCAAGGGAAAGCGUAGUGAGUCUGAGAGUAGUGUAAGUGGUUCUCUAGCUAGGACGGAGCAGGAGUUGCAGGCAGCGGCCCCUAUGCUGAAGAGCCUAUCGUUCUCGACGGAGUUUUCUACCUUCAACGCAGAUGGCGGAGACGUUGCCGCUGGCAGCGCCGAAGUGUAUAAUGUGCCCAGGAACAACACACCCAUUGAGAUUGACCUGCCACCAAUUGCCCAAAAGACUGAAGCCGAAGUUGAGUAUUUCACAAAGAGCGAUGUGGCCAUAGCGCUGGAGAGAGCUGGCCAGUUAAUCGGUAAUGGUUACCAGCCAACAAUGGAUGUGCUUACUGUAUUGGACCAGCAGAUCAAGGCACCCGCCGCGGCCCGUCUCAACUCGAUCGUUUCCACUGCUUCCACAGAGAGUGAGAUGGCCAGUUACCUGCAUCGCAAGUGCAGCGGCACUACUAACAUGCCCAACUCUACCAUCGUAGAGGCAGCCAAGCUGAGAUUUUUCAUCGAGAAAGACAAGCUAGUGCUAGACACUGAGAUUGGGCACGGGGAAUUCGGUUCCGUGCAUAGUGGCUGGCUGUUAAAGAAGGGCGUUGCUGGCGAUGAAUCCCGUAUGGAGGUAGCCAUUAAGAUGCUCAGCGACGAGCACAGUAACAAGCAAGAGUUCCUGCGCGAAGCCUCUGUCAUGAUGAGGCUGGAGCACAAGUGCAUUGUUCGACUGAUUGGCAUUUCCAAAGGGGAUAUGCUUAUGAUGGUGCAAGAGCUGGCUCCGCUGGGCUCCAUGUUACAGUUUAUCUUGGAUCAUGGUGCUGAGAUAACGGCCAAUUCGGAGCUGAAGGUCUGGGCCUCGCAGAUUGCAUGUGGCAUGCAUUAUUUGGAAUCUCAGCAUUUCGUGCACCGCGAUCUAGCUGCCAGGAAUAUUCUGCUAACCGAUCGCCACCAGGCCAAGAUCAGUGAUUUUGGCAUGUCGCGAUCCCUGAGGCCUGGAAGCACCGAAUACCAGUUCACGCAGGGCGGUCGUUGGCCUAUACGCUGGUACGCCCCGGAAAGCUUUAACCUCGGCAUCUUCUCGCAUGCCAGUGACGUUUGGUCUUUUGGAGUGACCAUCUGGGAGAUGUUUUCCCUAGGAGCUCCACCCUACGGUGAAAUAUCCAAUGUGGAUGCUAUUAAGUUGGUGGACAGUGGAGAACGUUUGCCGCAGCCUAGUCUCUGCCCAGCAUAUAUAUAUGCUGUGAUGCAAAGCUGCUGGAAGGAACGACCCAAGGACCGCCCGACCUUCGUCUAUCUCACGGAAUUUUUCGCUCGCGAUCCUGAUUACCAGAACCUGCCAGAGCUAGUUCAAACGGUUCAUAUCUAAACCAGUACCCCUCGCCCCCCUCAGAGUGCAAUUGUCUAUAGCUGUUUUUGUAAUGUCUUCUAUUCCGUUUUGUGGCGUAUUAAAGGGACUCGCAGAUCAUGAUUGUUAUCUCGUAUCCUAGUAUUCAUGUUAAUAGUUUGUAAAAUAUUUUAUACAUAUACAGAUGUACAACCAAUUUGUGUCAAAAGAAUGCGAACAAGUGCCUUAAAAGAUUUAUCAUAUUAACUUUGUAUUCAUGUUUACAAAUCCAUUUUGUUUUAUUGGUUAUACAAAAUAAAAAUAACUAUUUUUAUAUGAA